UAGAGCAAUCAUUUUCACAAUGGAAUGUUUGGCGGAUGAAUACGAGAGAUUGAAAAUAUAGUACAGAGGCCAUCGUUUAAUGUGAUAUGUAAACCAAAAUACCCAUUGUUGAAUCAGCUUUCAAGAACGAAUCUGUUAUGUAUACGAUUUUAUUUAUGAUUGGGCUCAUAUGGAGUUCUGGAAUCGAAGGAGUUUUACAUGGAAUGAAUAAGGAUGGUGGACUCCAAUUUUCAGGAGAUGGUGUAUUAGAUAUUGACAAUGGAAGUGGAGUUGGUCCCACCUUAGUGGAUGAUGAAGAUGUGGAAGAUAUCUCAGGAGAAUCUUCAGGAUCAGGACAGCUUUCCACCAAAACUCACCAUGAGUUCUCGACCACCACCACCACUCGCUCCCUAACGGCGUGCGAACAAUUACGAUUAUCAGCAGAAAACACCACAGUGGACGCCUACAGACCAAAGUGCACACUGAAUGGAGAGUACGAACCUCUGCAGUGUCACCGUAGAAUGUUCAAUAAAGAGUGCUGGUGUGUUGACCAGCUGGGCAAUGAAGUAACGGGCACCAGAAUGAUGCAACCACAUGUUCCAGACUGCAUCACAGGUAUCGGCCUAAAGCCCUGUGUUUUACAGUUGCUUAAAAGAAGACAAGGACUGUUGGGUGUGUAUCAUCCAAGAUGUACAAUUGAUGGAGAAUUUGAAAAAAUUCAGUGCCAUGGGUCCGCCUGCUGGUGUGUAGAUCAGGGUGGAAUUGAGCGACCAGAAACUCGAGUAUACCAACCAGAAGUACCCAACUGCAUAUACCCAACAAAGAGGCCUGAUACAGAAAAGGUCACCAAAUUGAACCCUACUACACCAGCUCCAACACCUGAACCAGAAAAAGUUACACCGAGCCCGAAAGACAAUAAUGUCUAUAAUACAAAAACAGAAGAAAAUGAAGAGGAGAAUGUAUCAGUAGCAAAUAUCGUUCCUGGCAAAGGUUCAGGUAAUAAUUUUGGAAUUCUCCCGGGUGGAGAUGCAUAUGAUGAGACUGACAAAGACGAAAACAAAGGAAUAGUAGACAAAGAGGAAAUUGAAGGAAGGACAGACAAACAAGAUUCUUCUCCUAUUGUUUAUAUAAUGGGAAGACCAGGAUUACUUGCAGCUGUAAUUGGUGGAGCAGUGGUGGCUUUGUUGUUGACCAUUUUACUUGUGAUGUUUAUUGUUUAUCGAAUGAGAAAGAAGGAUGAAGGAAGUUACCCGCUGGACGAACAGAAGUACACAAACUAUUCAUACAUGAAGGCCCCUGACAAGGAAUUCUAUGCAUGAUUCAUUGACACUACUCAACUUCAUUUCAAAAUACCUUAGAAUUGGAGUCAUUUUUACAUCACUUGAGCCGAAGGCUCAAGGAAGCUUCUCUGAUCAAAAUUUGUCCAUUGUCUGUGGUCAUCGUUGUUGUAAACUUUUCGCAUUUUUAUCUUCUUCCUCUUCAAAACCACUUGGCCAAUUUAAAUAUCAUGUUUGUUUAAAUCAUUGUCUCUGUAUGGAAGGCGGGGCCACAAUACCACACUUUUUACAUAGGAAUAUAAAGAGAAAAACCGUUCAAAAUCUUCAUCUUUAUUGGGGACUAAAUGUUAAAAAGUGUGCCAAAAAUAAAAAUAAAAAACUCUGCUCAAUUGUACAAAGAUUUUCGAAUUUGAGUAAUUAAAUUAAAAGCUGUUUGAAUCAGAGUUAUGUAAGCUUGCUAUUGUUGCUCAGGUGAGUGAUGUGGCCCCUGGGCCUCUUGUUAUUGUAUCCAUGCCAUAUAAGUAUUUGUCAUAUUUUUAUAAUUCAACACAAGAAGACCAAAAUAGAUGUAUUUGCCUUACAAGAACAACAUGAAGAAAAAUUAAAAGGUUUUGUAGACAUUACUGAAAAACAGCUAAAUAAUAUGUACAGACAUGAUCAUAAUUUUUUUGCACAAAUUCAAUGUUUUGACAUGUUAUGAUAGAUCAAAGCUGGCAUGUCAAUUUUUAUUGUGUACUGUCUGAUAAACAAGUGGAAUAUAAUUUGUUGAAAAGAAUUCCAUAAUAGAAAAAUUCCUUUGAAUUAUAAAACCACACCUUCCCAACUGAUAGAUCAUAGAAACCAGCAAUUUUCAUGGAACAAAAAAAAAUAGCUGUGCUGAAUAGGCAUAUCUCACAAAUGAUAUUGCCUUAAUCUUUCCUAUCAAAAACAUAGUAGGCGUUGUACCUUAUUACGGGCAAACAUUUCGCCAUUGUUUUUGUUUGUUGUCGCGAAACAUUUUCUUCGAGGCUGACUAAUUAACCUUUAUUUGUAUGUGUUAAUUGUAAAACAUAACUCUUAAAACAAAGUUUUAAAGUUUAUAACAAUUGUUUUAAUUAAUGUGAUAGAAUGUAAUAAGUAUUGCAUGCAAUCAGAGGUAACAUUACAUGUUGUCUUGUUUUUUUUUUAAGAUGACAAUUUUUAUUGUUACCAAUGAUUGCAGGCAUAUUUUUUAUGAUGUACCACCAGGUUUCAAUGAUAUUUCAUUUUUGAUUUUUUUAAUCUCAGAUUAUUCUUGUUCACUAUUUUGUCUGUAAAUAUUGAAGUACUCUUUAUUAGUAUAUUUUACAUGUAACUUGAUUGCAUAGAUGACUGAAUGAAAAAAAAAAUACCCAAACUUAUUAGAUUAUAACAAUUUUGAUUUAUUUUUUUUGGUAAACUAACUUGUAUGGUAAAUGUACUUUCUUCUAAUCUCAGCUGUCCUUCUUUUUGUUUUGUUAAGAGCACUUAAACUAUUCCACUUUUGAACUUCUUGUAGUUUUUUAUUAGCAAUAUGUACAUUGUACUUAAUAAUGCAAAGGGAUGUUCAAGCCAUUACUAUUACUGGGAGAUGUUUACUUAGUGUGGGGUUACUUAAAGGUUGUAUUUCAGGGCUGUGUGAAGCAUGUUGUGACCUUGUUGAAAUCCAUAGGGCUUAGAACUCAUAAAUACCUAAUAAUGGUUUCUCAUGCAAAAGACAAAAGACCUUGAAGCCAGGGUAUGGGAGCAAUGGGAAGUUCUAGUUUUUUCUAGAAAAUUUAGAAUCCACUGUGAACUGUUACUCAGGUGUGAGAUGUGGUGCAGGGGGCCUCUUGUUUGUAGGUUGUUUUUUUUUUCACAGAUAGAUACCGGGAUUUACCCAUAAAGCAUCAUUAUACUUGUGAUGCUAAGGGAUUACCAAAUCAAAUGUCAGAGAAAAAUCUGUACUUAUCUGUGAGAUAAUAAAAAAAAAAUAAUUUCUGUAUUAAACAAGAUUUCCAGAUGCAUGUAGGUUUUUAAAAGAUCCCUUUAAACUUGGAUGAUUAUUAAUAUGAAUCAAACAACUUUAAUUCAUAGUCCUGAACAAAUUCAUGACAAAAGCAGAUCUUUUAUUGUCAUCUUUAUUUGAAGCUCUUUUAUGUGGAAUGAACUGUGCAACUUUUGGGAAUUAGAUAACAUCAUUUACUGUGAUUUUACUUCAGAUAAGAUUUUAUCCAUUUUGAUUUUGAAAUGUUUUACAGUCUUGCCAAUAUUUUUGUCUGUUGUAACCCCAAGAUCAGGAAUGUGUUAUAAAAGGGGGAAAUAACUUCUUCUUUUUUUUAAAAUUGUAUCUUAUAUCCAGUAAAUUCCACUAACUAAUAAAAUGCUUCUAAAACUAGUUUUCAAAUGGAUAGCCUUGACUGAAAAAAAAGUUGCAAUAUUCAGUUAGAAGUGCAAGUAUGUGAAAUGUAUGUCGAAUUAAAAAUUGCUUUUUAUACUAGCUAAGAACAUUUGUUAAAGUUCUACAUAAUUUGGUCAGUGUACCUGUCUCUAUGGUUACAUGCUUACAUUACCUGAAAAAAAAGGACUCGCUGAGUUGAAUGUUUUAUACCUGACAGCCUAUUAAGGUAGAAUUAUCUGCCUAAAUAUGAGUGAGCUGUAUGUUUAUCGUCAUCACUCUUCGUGUCUUUGUUUUGUCCCAAGACAAUUGAUCUUAAUAUUGUACAAGUUGUAUGCCAAAUAUAUCUUAUAAACUCUUAUUAGCUUUGAAAGUAACAUACCUUUGUAGCAUGUCAUGGAAAUGUCUUAUAUGUGAUUUGACAAGUGAUUUGGUUUCCAAACCACCAUUUUGAUGGCUUUGGAUUCUGUAUUUUUGUUUUAGAUUAUGCAUUUAUUCUUUUAUUAGAUAAUAUUAUGGAUAUAAUGUAAAUCUAAUGUCAUAGGGUUGUAAUUCACAAAGUUGAUAAAAUUGUUUUCUUAAUAAUUUAUUGUACAAUAUUUUUGUAACAUUUCACAAUUUUCUGAAAUCUAUUUUAAAAAGAAAAGAAAUAUUUUUUUUUUUAUUCUUGUUUUAUGUAUAUUUAUAAAUUUUUAUGAUGAAUUCUUCAGUUGUCAAUCUUAAUCAGACAUAAAAUAAAAAUUAUAAUAAUGUAUGAAGAAUCAUUCGAGAAUAUAUGCCCUUACUUGCUUUUGUGGAUUAUAAAAUUCGGAGUUAAUUUUUUUGGGGAAAUCAUCAGUGGUUAAAUUAGAAGUCGAUAUCAAGACUCUUGAAGUGUUAACCGCAAUAAUGAAGUCCAUGCUACCAUAAAUAUUGACCAGUCAUGCAUUUUCCGAAUUGUUUUCAUCGUUGAAUAGUUUAAAAUUGUUUUUUUUGAAUUUUUUUUAUUACCUCAUUCUACUAAGAAAUUCUUAUCUCCAGUCACCCGGCGACUUUCAAAAUCAUAAAUACUGAUAUUUUUUUUCUUUACCAUGUCCGUAUUUUACACAAGGGGACUGGGGCUUUAGAGUAUUGUUUUAUGAAGCAAGAUCCAUAGAUAUACAUAUUUAAAAUAUACAAACCCGUUGUUAUUUAGAGAUUUAGAAAACCCAAACAUGUCCAUGCAUUGGACAUGAUUAUCUCCUCGUUAAAAUAAAGGAAGGAACGACUCGGAUACGCAAAGAAUAAAUUGUAUGUUGCAGGUCACGCUACUGAAGACAGAAAACAAUUUUCGUAUUAAAUUGAAAACAAAUUACUUCGAAUUGCAUUGUCAGAUGUGCAAAAUUACUUAAAACGUUAUCCGACAGUAAAAUUUCUUGAAUUGCGAUAUGUUUUGGGAUACAAAUUCAUUUGUAAGGCAUUUUUUACGCGUGUGUGUAUGUAUGUGAUGGCGUGUGUGUGCAUACUGUACUCCGAUAAUAUUUCUCAGUUUCAAAAUGAUUUAAGGAGAAAAAAAAAAAAAAAAAACAAGAGCACAUUGUGUUGCAUUGUGUCAUCAUUUUCGAUUCAUUAUAUUUUCCUGAAUUACGAUCUGUGUAUUUUAAUUCUUUUUUUUUUGUACUUUGAAUAAAAAUAUUUUAUUAGUAAA